AUGAUUGUAAAACGUGGUGCUCUUAUUGUAAUUGAGGGGGUGGACAGAACAGGCAAAACUACACAAGCAAAAUUGUUAGUGGAAAGUUUAAAGAAGAGACAAAUACAAGCUGAAUAUAGAAACUUUCCCAAUAGAAAUACAGAGAUAGGCAAAGUAAUUAACAGUUAUUUAACAUCACAGAAAGAUCUUCCCGAUGAAGCAAUUCAUCUGCUGUUUUCAGCUAAUCGUUGGGAGAAAUCACGUGAUAUCCUUGACUUGCUUGAGAAAGGCACAACAGUUAUUGUGGACAGAUAUUGCUAUUCAGGAGUGGCAUUUUCUGCUGCCAAAGGCCUUGACUUGAAUUGGUGCAAAUUUCCUGACAUUGGUUUACCAAAACCUGACAAGGUGUUCUUCCUCACAUUACCUUUGGAAGUGAUGCAGCAAAGAAAUGGAUUUGGCAAUGAAAGAUAUGAAGUUCCUGAAUUCCAAAAGAAAGUUAUAGAAAUGUAUGGACAAUUAAAAGAUAAUUAUUGGGACAUAAUGAAUGCAAACAGAACACUAGAAGUUAUUCAAGAGGAGCUCUUGCAAAGUACUCUCAACGUGAUGAACACAGUUGAGCAUACAUCUAUUGGAAAACUAUGGGUAAAGAAGUAA